CGCCCCUGCGCGCCGUGGCUGCGCGGCGCUGCGCCCCCGUGCGCUCGCCGCUCCAUUUCCUCCGGCAGGCCGGGCCUGGGGGGAGCCUGCGCCGAACCCCUCCCUGCGCAGGGGCCGGGCUUGCGCCGCUUCCUGCAGGAGCUGCGCCGUGGGAGCGGCGGGACCCCGGAGAGCCCGGCCCGGCCCCACGCUGGCCCAGAAGGCCCUGCCCGCCUCGCCGCUGAGGAUGUCCCGGAAGGCGCCGCGGACCGAGGUGUGCGCGGACUGCAGCGCCCCAGACCCUGGCUGGGCCUCCAUUAACCGCGGCGUGCUGAUCUGCGACGAAUGCUGCAGCAUCCACCGCAGCCUGGGCCGGCACAUCUCCAUCGUCAAGCACCUGCGGCACAGCCCCUGGCCCUCCCCGCUGCUGCAGAUGGUGCACACUCUGGCCAGCAAUGGUGCCAACUCCAUCUGGGAGCACUCGCUGCUGGACCCGGCGCAGGUGCAGAGCGGGCGCCGCAAGGCCAAUCCCCAGGACAAAGUGCACCCCACCAAGUCCGAGUUCAUCCGGGCCAAGUACCAGAUGCUGGCCUUCGUGCACAAGCUGCCCUGCCGUGAUGACGACGGCGUCACGGCCAAGGACCUCAGCAAGCAACUGCACUCGAGCGUGCGGACGGGGAACCUGGAGACCUGCCUGCGCCUGCUCUCGCUGGGCGCCCAGCCCAGCUUCUUCCACCCGGAGAAGGGCACCACCCCACUGCACGUUGCUGCCAAGGCUGGACAGAUCCUGCAGGCUGAGCUGCUGGUGGUGUACGGUGCUGACCCUGGGGCGCCCGAUGUGAACGGCAGGACCCCCAUCGACUACGCCCGGCAGGCGGCCCAGCACGAGCUCGCGGACCGGCUGGUGGAGUGUCAGUACGAGCUGACGGACCGGCUCGCUUUCUACCUGUGCGGCCGCAAGCCGGACCACAAGAACGGGCACUACAUCAUCCCGCAGAUGGCCGACAGGGCGCGCCCCAAGGGCACGGCGCAGAGCCUGGACCUGUCUGAGCUGGCGAAAGUGGCGAAGAAGAAGUUACAGGCGCUCAGCAACCGCCUCUUCGAGGAGCUGGCCAUGGACGUGUAUGACGAGGUGGACCGCAGGGAGAACGACGCUGUCUGGCUCACGACGCAGAAUCACAGCACGCUGGUGACAGAGCGCAGCGCUGUGCCCUUCCUGCCCGUCAACCCCGAGUACUCCGCCACGCGCAACCAGGGGCGGCAGAAGCUUGCCCGGUUCAAUGCCAGGGAGUUUGCCACCCUCAUCAUCGACAUCCUCAGCGAGGCCAAGCGACGGCAGCAGGGCAAGAGCCUGGUGAGCCCCACAGACGCCGUCGACUACCCGGUGCGGAGCCAGAGUGACCCAGACGACCAGCACGACUACGACAGUGUCGCCUCUGACGAGGACACGGACCAGGAGCCGCUGCGCAGUGCUGCCCGCAACAACCGUGCCCGGAGCAUGGACUCCUCGGACCUGUCGGACGGGCCCCUCACGCUGCAGGAGUACCUGGAGGUGAAGAAGGCGCUGGCAGCCUCUGAGGCCAAGGUGCAGCAGCUGAUGAAGGUGAACAGCAGCCUGAGUGACGAGCUGCGCCGGCUGCAGCGUGAGAUCCACAAGCUGCAGGCGGAGAACUCGCAGAUGCGGCAGCAGCCGGCCCCCGGGCAUGCGGUGCCGGCCCCCAGCGAGCGCUCGGAGCAUGGGCAUGGCGUGGCCACGGCAGCAGCUCACCGGCGUGACCGACAGGCCUUCUCCAUGUACGAGCCGGGCUCUGCCCUCAAGCCCUUCGGACAGCCCGUGGACGAGCUGGUCGGCCGCCUGCAGCCCUUCCACUCCAGCGAGGUGGAGGAUGAAGCUGUGUACUCCACGCACAUCCCGGCCAGCGUGUACCGGAUCCGGAAGGGGGUGUCUGCCUCCUCGGUGCCCUUCCCCCCCUCCUCCCCGCUGCUCUCCGGCACGCAGGACGGCGCCCGCCACAUGACCAGCAAGCUAGACCGGCACGGCAGUGGGACUGACAGCGACUAUGACAACACGCAGGCUGGCGAGGCGCUGCUCAGCAUGGACGGGAAGCGGUUCCUGGACCUGGGGAAGGACGACGAGUUCCACCACGAGCUGGAGGCCCUGGACGGGGAGCUGGACCCUGGGCUGCCCAGCACCGAGGACGUGAUCCUGAAGACCGAGCAGGUCACCAAGAACAUCCAGGAGCUGCUGCGGGCUGCCCAGGAGUUCAAGCAUGACAGCUUCGUACCCUGCUCCGAGAAGAUCCACUCCGCCGUCACCGAGAUGGCCUCGCUCUUCCCCAAGAAGCCAGCCCUGGAGACGGUGCGCGGCUCCCUGCGGCUGCUCAAUGCCAGCGCCUACCGGCUGCAGAGCGAGUGCCGCAAGACCAUCCCUCCGGAGCCUGGCGCGCCCGUGGACUACCAGCUCCUGACGCAGCAGGUCAUCCAGUGCGCCUACGACAUCGCCAAGGCCGCCAAGCAGCUGGUCACCAUCACCACCCGCGAGAAGAAGCUGUGAGGUCUGGCCCCCCCCGGCGGGCGGCUCCCCUGGCUAGGACGUGGGGCCGGGGACCAGCCAGCGCAAGUGUCCUUAGUCUGCCCACGGGACCUGAGCACGAGCCAUUCCUGGCCCCCCGUGCUGCCAGCGUGGGGCAGAGCGCAGCUCUGGCCGUGCCCCCUCCCCCCACACUGCCAGUGUCCCAGCGUGGGGCAGAGCGUGGGGCAGAGCGCGGCUCUGGCCGUGCCCCCUCCCCCCACGCUGCCAGUGUCCCAGCGUGGGGCAGAGCGCGGCUCUGGCCGUGCCCCCUCCCCCCACGCUGCCCGUGUCCCUGCAUGGGGCAGAGUGUGGGGCAGAGCGCGGCUCUGGCCGUGCCCCCUCCCCCCACACUGCCAGUGUCCCAGCGUGGGGCAGAGCGUGGGGCAGAGCGCGGCUCUGGCCGUGCCCCCUCCCCCCACGCUGCCAGUGUCUCAGCGUGGGGCAGAGCGCGGCUCCGGCCGUGCCCCCUCCCCCCACACUGCCAGUGUCCCAGCGUGGGGCAGAGCGCGGCUCUGGCCGUGCCCCCUCCCCCCACGCUGCCCGUGUCCCUGCAUGGGGCAGAGUGUGGGGCAGAGCGCGGCUCUGGCCGUGCCCCCUCCCCCCACGCUGCCAGUGUCUCAGCGUGGGGCAGAGCGCGGCUCCGGCCGUGCCCCCUCCCCCCACGCUGCCAGUGUCCCAGCGUGGGGCAGAGCGCGGCUCCGGCCGUGCCCCCUCCCCCCACACUGCCAGUGUCCCAGCGUGGGGCAGAGCGCGGCUCUGGCCGUGCCCCCUCCCCCCACGCUGCCCGUGUCCCUGCAUGGGGCAGAGUGUGGGGCAGAGCGCGGCUCUGGCCGUGCCCCCUCCCCCCACGCUGCCCGUGUCCCAGCGUGGGGCAGAGCGCGGCUCUGGCCGUGCCCCCUCCCCCCACGCUGCCAGUGUCCCAGCGUGGGACAGAGCGCGGCUCUGGCCGUGCCCCCUCCCCCCACGCUGCCCGUGUCCCUGCAUGGGGCAGAGUGUGGGGCAGAGCGCGGCUCUGGCCGUGCCCCCUCCCCCCACGCUGCCCGUGUCCCAGCGUGGGGCAGAGCGCGGCUCUGGCUGUGCCCCUGCCCCAGCCCCUCCCCCACGCAGCAGCGCCGGUGCUGCCCUAUGGCCGCUCCCAGGCGGUCACUGGUUCUGUCCCCAGCCGCGGCGCGUGGCUGCGUGUGCCCCUGUACAUAGCCCCUCGUUCCGUUCUCCCGGCCCAACCCGCCAUCAGCCAAGGAACCACUAACCGGGCAGCAGGGUGCUGCCCGGGAGCCCCUCCCCGCCCCCCUGUACAGUGUGUGUAGCUGUCUGUGCUGGGCAGAGGAGCCGCAGCCCUAGCGGUCUCAGCCCCGAUCCGGGAGGGCGCUGCCUCAGCAUUACACUGGAACCGGAGCCCUGCCAUGGCUGGCGCCCGGCAUGUUCUCCCUGCGCGCGUGAGCCUCAGACCCCCAGCCUGCGUAGCCACCACCUCUCCCCCUGCACGGCUGCUCCGGGGCAGGCCCCUCGCCUCAUGCCCCCCGGGCCCUCCCCCACUGCCCCAGGAUUUCUCUCUACAGCCAAAGUCCCCAUGCCAUGGGAGCGGGCACCCUAGGCGGGCAUGGUUGGCUCCUACCCCCUACAGGAGCUGGGUGCCGGGGGAAGGGGCGGAGGAGAGUCCAGGCUGGCUGGGGCCUGUACGGCCAGGUGUGUACUGUACAUUUGGAUCAAAUAAAGAUGUGACUGUG